AUGCCAUGUUGUGGUGGUGGUAGCAAUGGGCCUUGUGCCUGCCGAUCUGGAACUAGAGAUGUCGAAGGUGACUCAGCUGUAGGUUUAAGAAUGUCUGGGCCUAAUGACCCUACUCCAGAGCAGAUUUCUCUCAAGGGUGAGUGCGCUCCUGAAAAGUGCAGCGGCUGCCCUGCACGAGGAGCAUGCUCUAGCCGUGGAGCAGACAAUAGCACGAGUGUUGCUAUUUCAGAACGCAUUCAGCAUGUAGGCCGCAUUUUACUUGUCCUUUCCGGUAAGGGUGGCGUUGGGAAGUCUACCCUGGCUACUCAGCUGGCGUUCUUUCUUGCUGACAUCAUGGGGAAGUAUGUGGGGCUUUUGGACUUAGAUAUAUGUGGUCCGUCUAUACCAACUAUGACAUUUACUAAAACUGAACAAGUGCAGAACUUGCCCACAGGAUGGGAGCCUGUUAGCGUUUCUCACACACUUCAAGCGCUUUCUGUUGGCCACCUGGUGACACAGGAGGACGCCCCAGUGAUCUUGCGUGGCCCAAAAAAGCAUGGCAUGGUGAAACAGAUGCUAACAGAGACUAAUUGGGAAUUCGACCCCCGCUUUCCGAAGAGCAACAUCAUUAUAGUAGAUACGCCACCGGGUACAUCGGACGAGCACCUAUCCAUAAUAGAUAUGUAUCAGAGUACAAUCCGUUAUAUGCAAUCUAACGGAUUCCCCAAUGUUCCUGUAUUAGAAGCAGUUGUGAUCUCUACUCCUCAGGAGGUUGCAUUAGCUGAUGUGCGCAAAGAGAUCAACUUUUGCAAGCAGUUAAAUCUCCGUAUUAGAGGAGUUAUUGAGAACAUGUCCGGGUUUGUGUGUCCCUUCUGUGAGGCAGAGACUCCUGUAAUAGAAGCAACAACUGGUGGCGUCAAGAAGAUGUGUGAGGACAUGAACGUCCCCUAUAUUGGGAGCAUGCCCCUUGACCCUCAGCUUAUGAAGGCAGGAGAGGAUGGGGUGGCGUGGUCAACCAUAUGCGACAUAGAGACUUCACCUGGGUAUGAUGCAUUCGCGAAUAUAUGCGGUAAGAUCAUCGAAUGA